AUGAAAUUCCGACGUUUGCUCGGAAUCAUAGAGAAGCGAACAUGGACAAAGGAGAUAUUUCGAGCUCGAAAUGCCACCUUACUGUAUGCACAACUAAAAAUAUUUUUCAAAGAAGUGUAUUGUGCUAAGCCGAAAAGCAGCAGACAAAGCAGUUGUGAGGCGUUUGUGGUGUGUCGAGGCUAUUCACCACCAGAAGGAUAUCAACCCACUUUGGAAAAUCCGAUGUUUGCUCCCAAUUAC